UCUCUUGUAACUUGAGAAUGUCUUAUUCACCUCAAAAUCAACAAUAUUAUGCCCAAGCCCCUCCCCCACAAGGUGGCUACUACCCUCCUCAGCAACAAGGUGGUUAUUAUCCUCCUCCUCCACAACAAGGUGGUUACUAUCAACCUCAGCCUGCACCUCAAACAAUUAUCGUUCAACAGCAACCUCAACGCCACGACGAUAGUGAUUGUUGUACUGCUUGUAUGGCAGGUAUGCUCUGCUGUUGCCUAUUCGACAUGUGCACAUAGAAAGCAUUAGAAAAUACUCUAUACUCUUAAUAAUGAUACUUAUAAUUAAUACACACUUUCGUUCUUAUAGAAUAGAAGCCGAGAAAAACUCAAUAUAUAUUUUGUACCACUAUA